AUGGACGCUGCAAUUCAAAGUAUUGGUAUUUUGGGGAAAACAUGUGGGUUACCAUUACCUGAUGAAGGGGAAGGAGAAACAAAUAAAAAAGCAAUUGUAGAAAUAUUAUUUUCAACAUUAAAUAAUGUAAAAUUAAACACUAAGAUUAAAGAAAAAGCUGCACUCUCAUUAGGUUAUUUGUGUGUAGGAGAAAAUUUUCCUCAUACAUCAUACAUAGUGAAUAAAAUAAUUGCAACUGUUAAAGAGACAAAAGACAUUGAGAUCCACUUGAUUAUGGGAGAAGCAUUGGUUUGUUGUGUUCAAGGUGAAGCAUCUCCAGAAAAACGAGAUGCCUGGACAACAGUACCAACUGAACAUAAAAUAUCUUAUAGUAAUACUAGUACAGAAUUAUUAAUACAAACAUUGAAUGAAUUACUUCGGAUGUAUAAAGAUCCGCAUCCUAAUUUGAGACAGGCCGUCUGUGUGUGGUUAUUAGCACUUCUAAAAUAUAAUAUCGAAAGGGAGUGUAUUAAAGAAAAAUUUUCAUCAUUGCAUCAUGCAUUUAUGGAUUUUCUUUCAGAUGAUAGUGAUAUAGUGCAAGAUAUGGCAGCAAAAGGACUCAGUCUAAUACAUAUUAAUAGUAGCCAGCAACAAAAAGAACUUCUGGUUUCUAGCAUAUUAGAUCAAUUUACACAAGGACGUAAAACUGUACCACAAGUUACAUCAGAUACAAAAUUAUUUGAAGAAGGUCAAUUAGGAAAAUCUCCAACAAAUGGUAAUUUAUCAACGUACAGAGAAAUUUGUUCCUUGGCUACAGAAUUACAAAAACCUGAUUUAGUAUAUUACUUCAUGCAUUUAGCAAAUCAUAAUGCAGUAUGGACAUCUAAAAAAGGUGCUGCAUUUGGAUUUGCAGCAAUUGCUAAAGUUGCAAAUGAUGAGUUAAAUAAAUAUUUACCCAAUAUAAUACCACGCUUAUAUAGAUAUCAAUUCGAUCCUACUCCUAAGAUUCAACAUAGUAUGUCUAGUAUUUGGCGUGCCAUCGUUCCAUCAACAAGUAAAGCUGUUGAACAAUAUCAUAAAGAAAUUCUGAAUGAUAUAACUGAAAAUUUAACAAAUCAUGAAUGGAGAGUACGAAUUAGUUGUUGCAAUGCACUUGCAGAUUUACUAAGAAUAAAUGUUCGUUUAAAUUUGGCAAAAUGUGCUCCAGAAUUAUUGAAAAAAUUAUUUCGAGUAAUGGAUGAUAUUCACGAAGGUACUCGAUUAGCUGCUAUAAAUACGACUAAAGCAUUAAGUAGGGUUUGUGUCCGAUACUGUGAUUCUUCCUAUGGUAAAGAAGGAGAAGAAGUUCUACAAACAAUUUUGCCUGUAUUGUUAGAUAUCGGAGUCGUUAAUGUUGUGAGCAGCGUAAGGACAGUAUCUUUGCAAACAGUAUCUCAGUUAGUUUUAAGAGCAGGUAUUUUGCUUAAGCCAUCUUUAGUUACACUAAUUCCUGCUCUCUUAAGUACAAUUGGCGAAUCAGAAAAUCCAAAUUUAUCAUAUUUGAGUAAUGUCUGUGGAACAAUGUCAGAAGCACGAGAUGCCAUUGAUACUAUUAGAGCUGGCGCUGCUAAGGAGCAUUAUGCUACUGAAACAAUGACGAAAUGCAUACAAUAUAUUGAUGCAGAGAUUUUGAAGGAAUUAAUGCCAAAAGUGAUAGAAUUAAUAAAGUCUAGUGUCGGUUUUGGAACAAAAAUUACAUGUUUGCACUUUAUCGUCCUUUUGAGUACUCACUUUAAACAGGAAUUACAACCUUAUAGUGGUAAAUUUUUAAAUGCACUAAUGAACGGGUUAUUGGAUCGUAAUUCUGUCGUUAGAAAACAUAAUGCAGUCGCUAUUGGACACAUAGUUGGAUCAGCGAAGGAAUCAAGUCUUGAAAAGUUAUUUAAAACACUUAACACAUGGUACAUGGAACGAGAUGAUUCAACUAAGUUAGCAAUUGGACAAACAUUCCAAGCUAUAAAUAAUUAUAAUCAGGAGGUAUUAAAGAAUUAUUCGAAUAUCGUUAUACCUCUUACUUUCUUUGCAAUGCAUGCACAAAAAACACAAGAAAAUGAAAGUGUGAUCGAUUUGUGGACCGAACUAUGGAACGAAAUAACUCCAGGGACAGAAGCAGGGAUCAAACAAAAUAUAGAACCAAUAACAAAUAUUUUACGCUUGUCAUUAGAAUCAUCAUCAUGGAAUACGAAAGCGCAAGCAGCUAAUGCAGUUCAUACGUUAGCACAAAAAUUAGGUAGUGACAUUGAAGCAGUGGUCAGAAAUACUUUGUUAAAGGUGUUAACAGAUGGACUACGUGGGAGAACUUGGGAUGGGAAAGAUCGUUUGUUAAAUGCUCUCGCUACGCUGGCAUGUAAUAGCAAGACAGCUCUCAAAGAAAAUAAUGAAUUAUCUACGGAUCUAAUACAGAUAUUACAUAGGGAAAGUAAGAAAGAAACUUUAGAAUAUCGCCGACAAGCUUUACGUGCUUUUGGAACAGUCCUGUAUGAACUGAAUAUUGAUAAGUUUAAAGAAGUAUAUGAAAUUGUUCAAGAAAUUUUAUCAAUGCUAUCAAGAAAAGAUGAAGAUGAAUCUUUAGCAUCUGAAGAAAGAAUAAAAAGAGAUGAAAUAAUAAAAUUAUAUGAAACCAUUUAUGAAAUACUCGGAAAAGCUUGGCCAUCAUCUAAAGACACUCAAGACAAAUAUUGUAUAGAAUUUAUAACUCAUUACGAUAAAAUGUUUCCUAUUCAACCUACAACAAUACAAAUAUCAAUGUUAUCAGCGCUUAAUUUAUUUGUGGAUAAACUCGUCUUACUUACAAUAAAUAUUUCGGAAUUGUCAGUUGAAGAAAGAGGAACGUUAAAUUUGAUUUGUGACACGUUUAAUAAAAUAUUAAAACAUAGUAUAGGUAUUUCGUACACUAGAAUAAGGAAAGAAGCCUUAAAUAUAGCUCUAUCUCUUGGCAGAAAAUUACGAUUUACUAACAAUAAUGAACAAUUUGAUAAAAUGAUUUUAAUAAUUCAAAAAGUAUUACCAGAGUUAUUGAAAGAUACUGAACCAGAAAUUCGAACUAGAAUCAUCGAUAUUAAAGAAAUGUUGAAGAUAUGA